GGCGCGCUUUCCGGGGGCGCGUGGUGCCGGCCCGGGCGGCCCCGCGGGAGCACGUGGCGCUUGCUGGACGUCGGCCGGGUCACCUUGGCAGAGAGGAGAGCAUGGUGUUCAGAGGCGGCGGCCGAGGCGGCGGAGGCUUCGGCCGGGGCGGAGGAGGCGGCGGAGGCUUCGGCCGGGGCGGAGGAGGCGGCGGAGGCUUCGGCCGGGGCGGAGGCGGCAACUUCCGAGGGGGCGGCCGAGGCGACGGCCGAGGGGGCUUCGGCCGGGGCGGGGGCGUCCGAGGCGGCUUUAACCGAGGCGGGUACGACCAGGGACCCCCCGACACCGUGGUCGUGCUGGGAGAAUUCAUGCACCCCUGUGAAGACGACAUCGUCUGCAAGUGCACGACGCAGGAAAACAAAGUGCCCUACUUCAACGCGCCCGUCUAUUUGGAAAACAAGGAGCAGAUCGGGAAAGUGGAUGAAAUAUUCGGCCAGCUUAGAGACUUCUAUUUUUCAGUUAAACUGUCAGAAAACCUGAAGGCCUCUUCUUUUAAAAAAUUACAAAAGUUUUACAUUGACCCUUACAAGCUGCUGCCCCUACAGAGGUUUCUGCCUCGGCCACCCGGCGAGAAAGGCCCUCCGCGAAGCGGUGGGAGAGGAGGGGGCCGUGGAGGAGGCAGAGGCGGAGGCAGAGGUGCAGGGGGUGGCAGAGGUGGCGGUUUUAGAGGUGGAAGAGGUGGUGGAGGUUUCAGAGGAGGAAGAGGCGGCGGUGGAGGUUUCAGAGGAAGAGGACGUUAAGCGAGGCUCGAUGUGUCAACUACAACGAUCGCUCCCCCCGAUGAAGGACUCAGUUCUUCUGUGGAUCGGAAGAGUCUUUUUUAAGCAAGUCAAAUUCCAAGGAACUGGUCACCGUUUUUGACGGUGGCCUUGCAACACUGUCAUUUCAGCAUGCUGAAUGAAUGCUACAAGGAAAUGCUCCGUGAGAGCGAGGACCGAGUCUUUUUAUACGUUCUGUACAGUAUUUAGCACCCUAUGGGUGCUUAAUAAAUGUUAAGUAACAAUUCACA